CGGGCGUUCGACACUUCACGUGGCCUCAAGGCUGCAUGGAGGUGAUGGGGCCUGCCGCUCUGCUCAUCCUGUCCCUCGCCUGGAUCACGGCCACGUGGCCUCCACUCACGCAGAGCGCCGAGUUGCUGGGCGGUGCGCAGCUGGAGCACGCGGAGCUCGCGGUGCACAACGAGCUGAAGCAGCCGCUCACCCUCACCUGGGUCUCUAGCGACUGCUUCCAGUGCGUGCCCCGGGCCCUGGCUGAGUGUGUGGGUGGGCGAGUGAGCCGGGUGGCCGUGGACUCCACUCACGCCGGCACACUGGCGCUGGUGAGCAGUGGUGGUGAGCUGUGCCGGAUGGAUGUGUGGCUGGGCGAGCUGGGGGAGUUUUCGCUGCGUGUGGAGCGCGGAAACCUCUCCAGCAACGCCACCUGCGGCCCCAUCACCACCACGCGGGCACCCGUCAACUCAUCGCUACCUGUCCUCAUUGCUGCCGGCGUUCUGCUGCUGCUGUCGAUUCUCUUCCCACUGAGUGGGUGGGUACUCAGGCUGCGCUGUGUGCAGAGCAUGAUAGGCCGUGUCCUGCAUCGUCCGGAUAACCACACGCUGCUGAAUAACGAGGCGAUGGUGCCCCCACAGCCCCAGAUCCUCCCCCCAAACGCCACCACCGCCACCUCCACGCAAGCGCAGAGGCUGCGGUCACUCGACACAUUCAGAGGGAUCUCCAUUGUCCUCAUGGUGUUCGUCAACUACGGCGGCGGAAAGUACUGGUACUUUAAACACUCGGCGUGGAACGGGCUGACGGUGGCAGACCUCGUGUUCCCCUGGUUUGUGUUUGCGCUGGGCUCUGCUGUGGGUCUCUCCACGGCCGGCCCGCUGCGCCGGGGCCGCCCGUCCCGUCUCCGCCUCUCCCUCCGCGCUCUGUGGCGAAGCCUCCUCCUGUUCCUCAUCGGAAUCUUCAUCGUCACGCCCAACUACUGCCACGGGCCUCUGGUGUGGAGCGAGCUGCGUGUCCCCGGAGUGCUCCAGCGGCUCGCUGUGGCCAAUGCUGCGGUGUCCUUGCUCGAGAUUUACGCCUGGGGACCUCACCACUCACCGCUGGCGAGGGUGAUGCGCUGGCCGUGGUUGAGAGAUUUGCUGCCAUUCUGGCCCCAGUGGCUCCUCGUGGGGCUCCUCCAAGUGGCCUGGCUCAGCCUCACGCUGCUGCUGCCUGUACCAGGCUGCAUGACUGGCUACCUGGGCCCCGGAGGGAUCGGCAGUGGAGGUUCCCAGGCCAACUGCACGGGAGGAGCCGCUGGGUACAUCGACCGCUGGCUACUCACGGACAGACACUUGUACCAGACUCCUACCACACGGAAUCUGUAUAGGACCACGGUGCCGUACGACCCCGAGGGGAUUCUGGGAACGCUGAACGUGGUCCUCAGCGCCUUCCUGGGUCUGCAGGCUGCCCGCACAGUCCUCUCCUUCCCGGGAGACCAUCGCGGCAUCGUCCGGCGCUUCCUCCUGUGGGCAGCUCUGCUGGGAGUGAUCUCCGCAGUGCUGACCAAGUGCACAAGGGACGAGGGCUUCCUGCCGGUCAACAAGAACCUGUGGUCGACGUCGUUUGUGACGGUCACCGCCUGCUUUGCGUUCCUGCUGCUGGCAGCGCUGCACCUCGCCACAGACGCCCUGCAAGUGUGGACAGGAACUCCCUUCCACUACGCAGGCAUGAACCCGCUGCUGCUCUACGUGGGCCACGAGCUGCUGGCCUCCUUCUUCCCCUUCCGCUGGGGGGCCCCCCCGGCCCCCCCCGCGGGGCCCCUCCCCCACGCGUGGCCCCUGGCCCAGAACCUGGUGGCCUGCGCCAUCUGGGUGGUGGUGGCCUGGCGCCUCCACCACCACCGCCUCUACCUCAAGCUGUGACCACCACCACCAUCAUCACCACCCUCAUCACCACCCUCAUCACCACCCUCAUCGCCACCCUCAUCACCAUCGCCACCGCCAUCACCACCAUCGCCACCACCACCACCAUCGCCACCCUCAUCACCAUCGCCACCGCCAUCACCACCAUCGCCACCACCACCAUUGCCACCACCACCAUCACCACCACCAUAGCCACCACCACCAUCGCCACCACCACCAUCGCCACCACCAUAGCCACCACCCUCACCACCAUCGCCACCACCAUCUCUACCUCUACCUCAAGCUGUGACCACCACCACCACCACCACCGAUGGUGGUGGUGGCGAUGGGUGGUGGCCUUGCCAGGGUCACAGCGGUGGCCAUGUGAGGUUGCGUACAACUUGAUAUAGUGUUUGUAAAAGAUGAUAUCAGGCUAACUCAAAGUGGCCGUGCUGGGUUUAUAAGGGAUGUGGCUGGGUUUACAACGGACGUGUCAGAUUAUUGGUGGCCGUGCUGGGUUUAUAAAGGAUGGGUUUAUAAGGGAUGUCAUGGGUUUAUAACGAGCGUGUCAAAUUAUCGGUGGCCGUGCUGGGUUUAUAAAGAAUGGGUUCAUAAGGGAUGUGCUGGGUUUAUAACGAGCGUGUCAGAUUAUCGGUGGCCGUGCUGGGUUUAUAAAGGACCCUUUGGGUUCACAACGGACCAUAUCAGAGCUCCUGCUUAGCUAACAAACUGUAGGGGACAAGUGACAGACACACGCAGACACGCACAUAGACCAAUACCAGCCAUUCGCCACUAAGUGACGUCACCACGGCGCUUGUGCCAGGCUAGGUGCACGUUGAGGCCACGUGAAGUGUCGAACGCCCGCUGGCAGGAGGUCACGGGGCAGACCCAGGUGCUGUGGGUUGACAGAUGAGUGGCUGAUGCACCACCUGUGCCCCCUACUGUGCCAACUUGCUGUGUUUCAUCCGCCCGGCGCUCCGCUCGUUGUUGUGAGCGUCGCUCCUCCGCCCUCCGUUGUUGUUGGAGGGCGACUGCCUCCAAGUACCCAAUAGCAAACAAAAGCUGUUUAGGCAUGCGGUGGCUGGGCAUGCGGGCUACAUGACCCAGCCUUAUGCAGCCUUGCCUGCCGGAGGAGCUCACCGAUGGGACUUUGUCCAGACCUUUCAAGGAUUUGUGAGCUCCUUACACAAUCCAGCCUGAUUAAACCCAGGAUGGAUCGUAGGCAGGCCAGCCUGAAUGUUUCGAAACGGCGAAGAUGUUCCAUUAGGGGGGUCCACGUUUCGUAAGCGUAGAGAAGGGAGGGCACAAACUGGUUUUACCCCUGGUCUGGCAGUAGUCUGCAGAUGUGAAAACACCAAACGGAAACCUUUUGCAAGGAAUCAAAUUACCACACACGGGACUAAUGAUGAUGAGGAUGAUUUAAAGGUUGCAAAUUUCCCCCAGUGGGGUCCUAAAUGAGACAGCGUCCCAGACAAGCCGCAGGAGCGGCAGCGUCUGUACGUCGCGCGUGCGUUCGAACAUCUUUGGCGCCGUACGUUGCCAAAGCGCGCUAGCCGGAGGCAGCCGUGGAAGGUGAACGACACCAAACGGAGCAAGCGAGCCGCAUAUUCUGUGGGUCUUUCGCUCACGUCGCGUAGAUGGGUUCGGGGAAGGACAACAAACUUCACAACAACAACAGCAGCAAGCAGCAGUUAUAAAGAUAUAAUUUUCUCAAUAUAGAUCACGACGAUGAUCACGACGAUGAUUAACGACGAUGAUUACGACGACGAUUUCACAAGUGCACCGCGGCUCCCGGUGUGGGGGGCUCAUCUCGGUUCUUCGUGUCACACGAAUCGGAAUAAAGGUCAAACGCUA